UGAAUCGACUCUGGUGCUGGGCUUCACAAACUGCACAUCACGACACUCGUGUUGUGGGUUGGGAAGAAGACGCGCGUCGCUCCCAUUCAAGCGAAAAAUAUCACUUGUCUUUCCAAACAUGGCUUCAAAAUGCCCAAAGUGUGACAAGACGGUCUACUUCGCCGAGAAGGUGUCGUCACUGGGCAAGGACUGGCACAAGUUGUGCCUGAAGUGCGACCGAUGCAACAAGCUGCUGAACGCCGGCGGCCAUGCUGAGCAUGACGGAAGGCCCUACUGCCACAAGCCGUGCUACGCCGCCCUCUUUGGGCCUAAAGGCGUGAACAUCGGCGGCGCUGGCUCCUACGUGUACGACGCGCCGGCCAAUAACAACGUGUCACCCGCCUGCGGGGACAGCGCCCCCAUGCAGGCCGAGGAGAAGAAGACGUUCGCUGCCAAGCCGCCGUCCAAAGCUGGCGGCGUCACCACUUUUUCCGGCGAGGCCAACUUGUGUCCCAGAUGUAACAAGAAGGUGUACUUCGCCGAGAAGGUGACGUCGCUGGGCAAAGACUGGCAUCGCCCCUGCCUGCGCUGCGAGCGGUGCAGCAAGACUUUGUCUGCUGGCGGCCACGCGGAGCACGACGGCCAGCCUUACUGCCACAAGCCAUGCUACGCUGUCCUCUUCGGGCCCAAAGGCGUCAACACGGGCGGCGUGGGCAGCUACAUCUACGAGCCUGCCCAGUGACCCGGCCUUCCUCCCUCCCGCCAAGACCCCACCCCCCACACUCCCAACCCAUCCGUCGCCACUUUCUCCUGCCGUCUUGUUCCGUUUGAAAAAUUCUGACCUGUUCCGAGUAGCAGUUUUGCCAGAAUUACACCCCCCCCCCCCACACGAGUUAACAGUUUCUCAUGACCAACUUGUAUUGCACAGCCAUUCAUUCCCAAAAAAAAAAUUCCGGUGGUUUUGGGGACAGAAAAGACGGGAGAUUUUUUCAAGGUCAUAUUUAAUAGUUUUGAUAGCCUGACAACAUGAAAAAAGUUGACUGUUACAGCACGGUGUGAUCUAGUGGCCAGCAAUUCUGCUUUACACUUCUAAGGUUCAAAUCCCGGCUCCGGAUUUCCUUUGUGGAGUUUGCAUGUUCUAUCUGUGCCACAUUCCAAAAGUCAGCUGGGAUACGCUACAGUUCACCCUAAUGAAAAAAAAAAAAGUAUUCCUGUCAUUUCAAGACGUUAAGAAAAAAUAAAGCUGUUUGACGACAAAGUGUUCUGUUAGCGUAGCUUGUAGAGACACUGCAUUGUGUUUGCUAUUGUUAGUUUAGCAUUGUAUCUGAGACACACUCGCUAUACGGCAGAAACAUGUUUUAUUAAUAUUCAUGGUAGUCUUCAUCUGUUUUAGGCAGAUUGUGAUAUCUGUUGUAUAAAAGAUGCAAUAAAAUAAUCACUACAUGCA